GUACACUAAAUAUCUGCACUAAAUAGCUACAUAAGAUAUAUCGCUGUUUUUAAUAAAAUCGCAACGCAAUCACUUUAUGGAGUGGAAUAAAACAGCAUUAUAGGUAGAACAUUUACGUAGAUUUUGACCUAAAAACAGAUUAGGUAGGUAUAUUCUCUUUGCUAAAAAUAUAUCGGGUACGUGUAACCAUGCCAAGAUGUAUUGGUAUGAUUACUACUUAUCCUGUGAAAUGGGAGAAAUACCUAAUCUUUGUAGAUACCUACAUGAACUUUCACUACUGGGGUAGGCAGAACCUUCAAUCAAGAUCUAAUAUAAAAUAUAAGUAGAUCGGUCCCCCACUCAUAUUGUUUACUACUCGUUGUCAUAGAAACUUGGUAACAGCCUACCAGCAGGUUAAGAUACUUCGUUGUUACAAAUUAUAUUACCUACUUUAGUUUGUUGUUUUACCGUACUUAUUGGAUGCUGAAAAUGCUAAAGUUUUCAGUGUUUUUUGGACAGUGCCUAAUCAAUUAAAUACCAGUGAUGAAGUCAUCCUGUUGCGCGCGCAAUUGUUCGUGGCACCACCCAGGCCACACGACCCACUUCUACCAACAAGUUACAAGUAUUCUGCCUAAUUUUGUGCCUUGAAUUAAUUAAGAUUUAAAGUUAGAAAAUAAAUCCAAAUGGACAAAUUCUGCACGUCUUCGCAGACACCGAGACUCCAACGAAGAAUAAACGGCCUGCAACUGCCUCUGAAUUAUCUACAAAUUAUCGGCUGGAUUGUUUUCCUCGUCACCACCCUGAUAAACUUUGUCAUUCUAAUAGAGAUUCAGUUUCAUGAACUCAAAGUGGUGUCGAUAAUCACGUAUGUUACCUUGUACGUGUGUCAUAUCUCGUCUCACGUAACCGCGGCUCUGGUAGACCCGAGCGAAAGGGAACUCCGGAAACUGAAAGUAAAUAACGUGCCUGAAUUCGAUAGGAGUGUCCACGCCCACGUCAUCGAGAAUGGAAGGUGUCACUUGUGCAACAUAUACACGAGCAGCAAGAACACUAAGCACUGCAGCUUGUGUAACAAAUGCGUUGAUCAUUUCGAUCACCACUGCAAGUGGCUUAAUAACUGCGUCGGCCAAAGGAACUAUGCAGCGUUCAUCACUUGCGUUACUACAGCUCUACUCAUAUCCCUGUUUACUACAAUUUUAUGUUUAACGGACGUCGUGCUAUUUUUGACGCAUCCGAAACAGUUAAGUCCUGUAGCCCAGGACUUCAUCAACUGCACUGACAUAGAUCCAAACAUUUAUAACAAAUAUUGUAAAAAAUCUAUAUCUUUUCUAACGUUUUUAAUAAUAUUUGGAGUGAGUGCCUUAGCAAUCGCGUGUGCCUUAUUGCAUUUGUGUUGUUUUCAUGUUUAUAUCUCUUUUUUAGGAGUUUCAACUUACGAAUAUAUUGUUAGAAGUGGAAAUACUAAGAAAUCCAGUACUGGGCGCAAUAAGAAUUGUCAAUGUUGUGCGAUCAGUACGUGUGGACAAUUGUGUACGAUUAGUAAUCGUGCUCAAAAGAGUAAAACAUAUCAACACGAAGGCGUAGAGGGCAUGUCUUUAGAUAAUAAACCAAAUAACGGCACGAAGAAAACAAAAGUUAACAUUUCUCAGGAGGGUGAAGACACUAAUGUUACUAGUUUGAUAAGCGUUUUGAUUGCUAAUGAAUUAGACAGAGCAAAAAAGAUAUUCUUGUACAACAAGAAUAAAGUACAUCCUCAAGAAGAUAGCAUUAGCUAAUAUUUUUUUUUUUUGUGGUAUUGUUUCUAUCGCUAUUCUUUAGAAUUUACACUGUAUCAUAGUUAUAAGUACUUUUAAAGAAGUUGACUUGCAAAAAUGA